CACUUCCGGCAGUUAGCAUGCGGUGGCACGUGGGCUCCCGCCUCGUUCUAGGCAGCUUUUGAGGCCUGUUAGAAUUUUCAAAGUCCUUCGUGAUGGCUUCUCGGUACGACAGGGCAAUCACCGUCUUCUCCCCUGAUGGACACCUUUUCCAAGUGGAGUAUGCCCAGGAAGCCGUGAAGAAAGGCUCCACCGCGGUUGGAAUUCGAGGAACUAAUAUAGUUGUGCUUGGGGUAGAAAAAAAAUCAGUGGCGAAGCUUCAAGAUGAAAGAACUGUGAGGAAAAUAUGUGCCCUUGAUGACCACGUCUGCAUGGCUUUUGCAGGUCUGACAGCUGAUGCGAGGGUAGUAAUAAACAGAGCCAGGGUGGAAUGCCAGAGCCAUAAGCUUACGGUGGAGGACCCAGUCACCGUGGAGUACAUAACUCGCUUCAUAGCAACUCUAAAGCAGAAGUAUACACAGAGCAAUGGACGAAGACCUUUUGGUAUUUCAGCCUUAAUUGUAGGCUUUGAUGAUGAUGGUAUCCCAAGAUUGUAUCAGACAGAUCCCUCCGGUACUUACCAUGCUUGGAAGGCAAAUGCAAUAGGCCGGAGUGCUAAAACUGUCCGGGAAUUUCUAGAAAAGAAUUACACAGAAGAUGCUAUUUCUAAUGACAAUGAAGCUAUCAAGCUAGCUAUAAAAGCUUUGCUAGAAGUUGUCCAGUCUGGUGGAAAGAACAUUGAACUGGCUAUCAUAAGAAGAGAUCAACCUUUGAAGAUGUUUAGUGCCAAAGAAAUUGAAUUGCAGGUAACUGAAAUAGAAAAAGAAAAGGAGGAAGUAGAGAAGAAAAAAUCAAAGAAGUCAACCUAGUUCUCAGGCUGAGCUCUGGGAGCUCCAGUUUUGUGCGGAUUAGAAUUUCUUCCUGAGGUUUUGGAAGGAGCAAAUGAGUUGGAACCAACCACUGAGUUUUUCUAUGUUCAUCUUCAAGAGUGUCAGGUUUGACGUUGUCUUUAAAAUUCCUCACUCUCACACAAGCCUGAGACUGUCCUGUGAAGCACGCCCAGUAUGAUGCUUUUCCUCAUACAAGCACAGUCUAGAAAGGAAGACGAUUUUUAAAGUUGGUAAUUUUUUGAAGUUUGUGUCUUCUUCACUGUUAGCUAAGGAGCUCUUCAUCUCAAAAUAAACUGACUACUGUA